CUGAGGCUAGAAGAAGAGCAGGACAGACAGGAGCUAUAAGUACCCCGCCCCUUCCACCCUCUUCCUCCACCUCCUCUCCCUGCCUCAUCCAUCCAUCCAUCCGCCGUUCCGUUCCUCAGCUGGCCGGCCGGUUCCAUCCAUCCCAGAGAGCCCAGCUCGGUCGGCAGCUGCAGCAAUCCGGCGAGACAGAGAGAGAGAGAGAGAGGCGAUCCGAGAACCACUCUCGGCAACCCAAUCCGGCGCGCGUGCGUUUGUGAAUGGUGAACGGCGAGCCGGCGGGGGCGGAGUGCACGCGGGCGUCGCUGCUGGGGAGGUAUGAGAUCGGGCGGACCCUCGGGGAAGGCAACUUCGGCAAGGUGAAGUACGCGCGCCACAUCGGCACCGGCGGCCACUUCGCCAUCAAGAUCCUCGACCGCAGCAAGAUCCUCUCCCUCCGCAUCGACGACCAGAUUAGGAGGGAGAUCGGGACGCUCAAGCUGCUCAAGCACCCAAAUGUCGUCCGCUUGCACGAGGUUGCUGCUAGUAAAACAAAGAUUUACAUGGUGCUUGAGUUUGUUAAUGGAGGCGAGCUCUUCGACAAGAUUGCUAUAAAGGGAAAACUGUCUGAACAUGAGGGCAGGAGGCUUUUCCAGCAGCUAAUUGAUGGUGUCAGCUACUGCCAUGAUAAAGGUGUCUACCACAGAGACCUUAAGCCAGAGAAUGUCCUUGUUGAUAGGAAAGGCAACAUCAAGAUCUCUGACUUCGGCCUCAGUGCUCUACCUCAACAUCUCGGGAAUGAUGGACUUCUGCACACAACAUGUGGCAGCCCCAAUUACAUAGCUCCUGAGGUUUUGCAAAACAGAGGUUACGAUGGCUCCUUGUCAGAUAUCUGGUCUUGUGGAGUAAUUCUUUAUGUGAUGCUUGUUGGUUACCUUCCCUUUGAUGAUAGGAAUCUUGUUGUUCUUUAUCAGAAGAUUUUCAAGGGAGACUGUCAGAUCCCAAAGUGGCUCUCACCUGCCGCACAGGACCUUCUUAAAAGGAUCCUUGAACCAAAUCCAAUGAAGAGGAUCAACAUCACAGGGAUCAGAGAGCAUGAGUGGUUCAAGAAGGACUAUGUACCUGCUGUUCCAUACGAUGAUGAUGAAGAUGUCCUUUCCGGUUCAGUUCUCUCAAUAAAAGAGCAAAUUGAAGAACCAGCACAAGAAAAGUGUACUCAUAUCAAUGCUUUUCAGUUGAUCGGAAUGGCUUCUUCCCUUGAUCUUUCUGGUUUAUUUGAGGAAGAGGAUGCAGCUCAAAGAAAGAUUCGGUUCACUUCAACGCAUCCACCCAAGGAUUUAUUCGACAAGAUUGAGAGCGUUGCGAUGGAGAUGGGAUUCGAAGUUCAUAGGGGGGCAAGCAAGCUCAAAGUCUUGAAGAAUAGCAAAUGUUCCAAGAAGUCCAGGAAUCCGUCAUCAUUUUUGGUGUGCACUGAGGUGUUUGAGCUUGGGCCAUCAUUAUAUGUUGUAGAACUUAGGAAAUCCCAUGGGGACUCUACAUUGUAUAGACAGCUGUGCGAGAGGCUCUCGGAUGAGCUAGGGGCCUGCAAGACAGAGCAGAUUAUGAGGACUGAAUCACUGAGUGACGAUCUUUCGAGCCUCGAUGGCGAAGCGUUCCCUCUAUCUGGGUUCUGAUCAUUGCUUCCCUAUGUGGUUUUGGGCAGAGGGGAUGAGGAACAUGCUCGUUCCUGAUGCAAUUCUAGAUUAGGAUCAUGAAUAUAGUGUACAAAGCGAGCGGUGCAAAUUAGCCACCAAGUUGAAUAUAUAUAUAUAAUAAUAUAAGAAAUGAUAUGUUGCAUACUUUCUAAUCUUUCUAAGUAUUGCUAGAUCAAAUGUUCGUUU